ACUAGGUGACCACAAGCUGCAGUCAACGUCCGAUUAGUUGUAAACCCCAAAAUGCAACACGAGGUUGAAGAAGACAAAGGAAUGUCUUAAUCUAUGCUACAAAUGAGUAGCUGUGUCUAAGAGGGUGAAUUCAAGCAGGACCACCCGGUUACCACUCUCCAAGGAAUUGUGUGUCUACACUGCUUUCAUUCCUACACUGGAGCCCUGAGCUACACGGCUGACAGUACUCAGAAGACCCCCUUUCAGAACAAGGGCGAGGAAACAGACCACUAAGAGAAAGGACGCCGACAUUGUGUGGACUAUCAGAGAGUUACACCCGGUAACAACAGAAGUAUUGCCAUCGGAGGAGAAGUCGGAACUCGGUCCACAAGGAGAUACCCCAUCGGAGACCUUUGACACGAUGCGUCAUGGAGGCAGACAGUGUUCCUCUUCAAUAUGGCGUGUCUCACAUUGUACAGAUAAUCAUCUCUCAAAACAAGUUAAAAGAUGUCCAGGACUGAUGUUCGACCUCUGACGAGCAAAGCCUUGCAGCACACAGCCACAACCAGCCGCUCCUGGGGUGCCGGACUGGUGUGUGUUCACACUGCAGGGAGAUGACCACCACCAGCAAUGCAGAGAGGAAGUGUUGCAGCCAGGAACCACACCAAUGUGUCAGCCAGAUGGCUCACUUAAAUUGGUUGGUUCUCUACAAGACCGUACUACACAUGGACUACUGAUGAGGAGGGAGCUGCUAAAGCUGCCUUACCCACUGGAUGACGAAGAUGAAAACAUCAGGUUGUUUUGCCAUAAAAGCCUACUAGCAGUACCUCACGUGGAGGUCCGGAAACCUGGACGGUGGCGAUGGGGGCAUCAUGCCCAGCUGUUGUGUCAGGAGAAUCAGAGACACCUACCCUGAUCCUGAAGAUAAAUUAUUUGGGUUACAGACACCUCACUCUUUUUUUUUUCUUUUUUUUUUAAAGCUUUAUCUCAGACAUACCUGUGCCUUGUUCUCUUGUAAAUGUUCUGAAAUUACACAUAGUGUAGCUGCUUUAAAAAAGGACAGGAGGAUGGAUAAUGUUUCACUUCGACAAUUGUCCAUUCAAUCCCCUUUGUUUUCCUUAAGGUAUUUUGUCACGUAUCUGGCUUGUUAUUUUCCAAUGUGCCAUAAUGACAGAGAAACCAUGACUCUGGAACUUUGUGUAUAUUUUAUAUAUAUAUAUAACACAUUUCUGAGUUGUUUGUCAUAGAACAUAGAACAAAAUGUGUGCAAAAACAUUACAUCUCCACUAUCUUUUCACAGCAAAUCAGAAUGAAGAAACAAUGUAUUGUCUGGGGUAAUAUUAUGCUGAUUAAACCGAUACAAAAUAUCCCAUUGUUCAAGCCCUCUUUCAACCGGAAAUCCCACACCUUCAAUUGGACUGACACUCAGCAACAUCCAAUGAGAAGUGUCAUAGAUACUUGAAUGAUGCGUGAUGUGGCCAAUAGGCGCAGGGAUAAAGCCGCUUUAGCGGCAGUAGAUGUAGAGCUGAUUUGCAACCCGCCGAAGGAGAUCUGGAGAAGAAGGAAAAUGUCUCCUGUCUCACCACGCACCGUUCUAGGAUCAGCUUGCUGUUAGGAAAAAGCAAAGAGCAAAGUGGUGAGUCGGAAAAUCCUCACUACUUGCACUACAAUGAAGACUUUACCCUAAACUGACCCUAGCAGUGUGUAAUCACAAACUCAUCCUACUCCUGACGCUGAGACAAAUACAGAAAAGUUCGGGAGAAACUCUUCGCACUCCAAACAGUCACCCAGGAAGUAAAGAGGAAAUGACAUCCGAGCAGAUGGAACCAAAUCCCAGCCUGGCGGGGGUGGACUCCCAAGGCAACAUGGUGUUUAGAGUGGUUAAACCUGUCAUGGGCAUCUUCCAAGUCUCCUCCGAACAGACCAACUCUGUGGGACAGGGGGCUUAUCAGCAGACUAUGGUCGAGGGGCUGACAGGGUUACAAGGGUUAUCCAACCACCCCUCCAUGGUGCUGGGGGAUGGACAGGGGCAGCAGGGAAUGGGGGACGUGAACCAGAUGCAAACCCAGAUUCAGAUCCCGGAAGGCGACACCACCCAGACUCAGGCUGGUGCUCCAGACCACAACCACGUACCCCAUGUUCCGUUUGCUGAGGUGUCGUCUCUCCUGGACCCCAACAUGAAGAGCUCCAAGGCCCGUAAGUACCUGAUACCCUAUGACGAGAUCAAGCGUCGUCUGGAGGCUCCAGAGAAGAUGUCUCUGCGUUCGCUAGCAGCCUACACCAGGGUCAGCCGCGGCCCGGCCAGCAAGAAAACGCUUCAGGAGUCUCUAAAUAUACUGGGCCUCACUCCUAGUACUACUACUGCUGUGUCCUCCUCCUUCUCCAAGCUCACAGAGGGUGACACCAAAGCCCUGUGUAACGACAUGAAGGACUUUGCCCAUGACUACAUGGACUUUGGAAACAUGGCCAAGCAGCUUAUACCAGAGACUAACACAGUUCAACACUGGUCAAAGGUCAUAGAAACCAGGAGCCACCUGGAGGCGAUGAGGAAGUGUUUCCGUGACCCGGUUAACAGUGCGUUGUUCGACAACGUGACUCACGGCCUGGGCCUCGGGAUGCUCGACACCGCCCUAGACAUGAUCACCAUGGUGAUUGACAAACAGAUUCGCAUCCUGUCCGGCGCAGCUGCAACCGAUCCCGUCGACACCGGUCCUCCAAUGAGACGCAUCCGCCGCCGCCACCGCAAGCCCCGAGAUGACGGCAACGACAAACCGCUCAGGUCAGUGGGCGGGGUUAAAGGUCAAGGGAAAGGAUCGGGGAAGGGCAAAGGGAGGGGCCGAGGCAGGAAGAAGGCGCAGCUGCAGGAGUCCGGAACCCCGGUUGGUGUUGCCAUGGAUACAACCCAGCAGCAGGAUCAAGAGCAUCAUCAGCCAGAGGACGUGGAGAGCAGUGUUCUAACACUUGUCUCCGUCGGUUACGAGACCAUAUCCAGUGGCCUCAACGCCACGGUACAGCUCUGAAGAUGUUUAAUUGUUGAACAAACAAUGCUUAACAGGAGUCAGACUUUGCUGAACAUUUCCCCAAUGGGGUGGCUGGGAGCAGAACAGUCUUAGUAACGUUGUGAUGUGUAGACGUCACUCAGGUCUGGGCUAUGGAACCCCAAACAUUCAGAGGAAGACAUGUAGAGGACACCGGGGGACGUUCAGGGACGUCACAUCAUUUUGGUUUAGUAUUUUAGUUUAGUUUUUGUGCUGCAGCUGUUGCCUACUGAUACACUCAAUCAAUGUAUAUGUUUAUUUGUUAAGCACAGAGGUGAUGAUUGCAGCUUUAUUAAAGUGGAAAUCAAUUCAAAUGACAGAGAAGCGUUGAUGUUGAAAAAUCUACAAUGUAGAAAUGAGUCUCAAUUCGGGUCUUUGGAUAAGGCCGUUGCUUUGGUUGAUCUACUCAUCUGGCAUUGGAUAGCCCAGUUGAUUUAUGAUCAUGAGUAGACCUCUUAUAGCUCUCUCCACCUCUCCAUUACUGUAACAUGGGGAACACAUUAUGCCAGUACUUAGUCAAUGAUUGUAUGUUUAUAUUGAAACCUGGAGUGCUGAAAUACUUGUAUUAAAGCUUUAAUUUUCUUAA